GUCCUUUUAAGACCCUCAGUCAGAGGCAGCAGCAGCGGCGGUGGCAGUAUGGCGGACUGUGUGAGAUCCUCUACCUCAGGACAGUCGUCUUCAGCGGACAACAUGACCUCUCUGGCGAGAGCCCUCUCCCACACCGCGCUCAGUCAGCUGGACCAGACGGAGGUCUUCCAGUCGCAGUCGUCUCUGAGUCGGGUGGGUCAGGGCAGGAGACGGGCGAUCUCCAGCUCUCAGAGCCUGGACUCGCUGGAUGUGAGUCCCAGCUCUGAGGCGCGGGUCCUGGUCAUCAACACCGGCGGAACCAUCGGGAUGAUGUACCAUAAUAACGUGCUGUGUCCGGAGCCAAACGCCCUGGUCAAAGCCCUGCGCAAACUCCCCAUUCUGCAUGAUGAACAGUACGCUCAGCAGACCAGGCUCUAUGAGUUCUUUGAGCACGCGGAGAACACACUAGUGCUACCGAAUCCAUCUCACCAUGCUGAUGAACUAUUUCAUGGCCUGUCCAAACAGAAUAAAAGGAUAAUGUAUACAGUUAUUGAAUAUUCUCCUCUGCUGGACUCCUGCAACAUGACAACGGAUGACUGGGCUACAAUAGGGAAAGAUAUUGAGAAACACUAUGAGAAGUAUGAUGGCUUUGUUAUUCUGCACGGGACCGACACCAUGGCCUACACAGCCUCUGCCCUGUCCUUCAUGUGUGAGCACCUAGGCAAGCCUGUCAUCCUCACUGGCUCUCAGGUACCUAUCUAUGAAAUGAGGAAUGAUGGGAGAGACAACCUGCUGGGGGCACUGCUGAUUGCAGGGCAGUUUGUCAUCCCUGAGGUGUGUCUCUACUUCCAUCACAAGCUCUACAGAGGCAACCGUGUCACCAAAGUGGACGCCGGCAGUUUUAAUGCUUUUAGUUCCCCCAACCUGCCUGCAUUAGCCAAUGCUGAAGUGGACAUCAAAAUAAACUGGGACACGGUGUGGAGAGCUAACACAACAGUGAAGUUCAGGAUCAACACACAGAUGAAUCGCAACGUGGGUCUCCUGCGACUGUUCCCUGGAAUCACAGCGGAGACAGUUAGAGCCUUCCUGCAGCCGCCCAUGGAGGGGAUUGUGCUGGAGACGUACGGCAGCGGUAACGCUCCUGAUAACCGUGCAGACCUGCUGGAGGAGUUCCGCAAAGCCACAGAAAGAGGAGUCAUCAUGGUCAACUGCACCCAGUGUCUUAGAGGCUCUGUCACUACAUCUUACGCCACUGGCAAGGCUCUGAGUGAUGCUGGAUUGGUAGCUGGGUGUGAUAUGACCCCAGAAGCUGCUUUAUCUAAACUCUCUUAUGUGCUGGCUAAGAAAGAGCUCACCACCCAGGAGAAGAGAAAGAUGUUGAGCCGCAACCUGCGUGGUGAGAUGAUUGCUGACCUGGAGGGGGCCAAGCUGACUCUCAGUGACAGUCGCUUCAUUCAGGUCAUCGCUAAAUCCCUCAGUAUCAGCUGCAAAGAGGAACUAGAAGCUAUCCGUGAUGCCCUGUGCCCCACGCUUGCCUGUGCUGCUGCUAAGAUUGGUGAUAUUGAGGCCUUGGAAGCAAUCAGGGAAAUGGGUUCUAAUUUAAGUAUGGCAGAUUAUGAUGGCCGUACUCCUCUGCAUAUUGCAGCCUGCGAGGGACAUCUGAAAUUAGUGCAAUAUUUACUGGGACAAGGAGCCACCGUCUACGCCAAAGAUCGCUAUGGGGACACACCCCUACGAAAUGCUAUUCGUUUUAGAUACAAAGAUAUUGUGAAACUUCUAAGGAAAACUGGUGCUCAUCUCUCUUGGGACGAAAUGGAGGAUGCUGGAACCGAGUUAUGCAGGUUGGCAGCAUGUGGAGAUUUGGAGGGCCUGGAGCUUUGGCAUCUAGCUGGUGCUGAUGUGACCAUGUCAAGUUACAGUGGGCAGUUGCCUAUAGAGAUGGCCAUACAGUCAGGCACUGAUGAAGUGGUGCAGUUCCUGCAGUGGGCUGCUCAGUACCGAACUCAGCAUCAGACUGAUGAGUUUAAUGAGCCAGUUUUUGAUGAAAAUGAAGAGAAUGGUGAGUUCAUCGAGUUCACUGCUCGUCCAGAGAAAUCAUAAGAAGACAAUCCUGCUACACCAGAUACUUCCUGCUAUUUCCGUCCUUCCAUUUUUUGAUUUUGCAGUUUUAGCUUUAACUGUUCUCUUUUGUGUACCCAAUUUACGCAUCAUUUUAAUUUGAGUGCUUUUAAUUUAAAAAAGCCAUUUCAUUUAUCUUGCCUUCAGGCUGUCCAUGGUAGUGCUAAGCACACAAAUGUAAAUGUGAAUGUAUUGCGAUGUUGAUGGUAGAGAAUAGUUUAUAAAUGUACGCUCUGCUCUACUGACAUCAAAUCAGUAUGUAAUAGCACUAAAGUGUAAUUUUAAUGAUGUCCACACAAAGAACGAUGCAAUAUUUAUAUGUUUAGAAGGUGUUUUCAGGUUAUGACACCUCAUCUUGGUGAACUGAUCCAGUUCACACUGUUGUAUUGAUUUGUUGGUUAUUGUAGUUCUGGUAUAAAUAUGGGAUAUUUUUGUGGCAAAUGUGAUUUGCACUAGAUGGUUACAGCUGGCCAACAUGGGCCUUUAAGUUUCUGGCUACAGCUAACUUACCAUCAGCUAAUGUCUACUGCCACAGAAUGUAUUUAGCAAUAUCACUAUGUUAUAUAUAUAUAUAUAUAUAUAUUAUAUUAUAUGUUCUUGUCAAUUUUAUUCAUAUUCCUAUUGUCACACCACAGCCCAUGUCUGUCCUCUGUUCUUCUGUCUUGUGUUCCUAGCCAUGAGCUCUUUAAGCACAUAGCCCUGUUUUGUUUUUGUCCUGUCUCCACCCUAGCCCCACCAUGUCAUUAGUUGUUUUUACCCUGCCCCCUUGUUACCAGGUCCAGGUGUUCCUCACCCUCUUUGUGUAUUUAAGCCUCUUUGUUUCAGUGUUCCUCGUUGCGUCUUUUGUUUGUCUGUGUGCUCCAUGUGUAGUUUGUGUAUUUGUAUUUUUGUUAAGCAUAGUAUUUUUGUAAACUCUUUGUUUGCUUUGUGUAAUCCCAGUCAGGUUUGUGUUUUCAUGCUUCUGUUUCUUGUUUUCCUAGUUUUGUUAAAUCCAUCUAGUCUUAUCUUUAGUCUUGUCUUUGUAGUAUAGUUUGCUUUGUCUUGUUUAUUUGUUUUUACGUUUCCCUCCCUAUGUUUGCUUUCUGUUUUGCUUUUGUUUAUCUUGUUUGUUAUCUGCGUUUAUGUCCGUCCCCUCCAUCUUUGUACGUGACACCCAUGUUGUAAAGUUAAAUAUUUCCUUAAUAUUCCUCUAAUAAUAAUUCACUGUUAAUUCAUACUGACCUGCAAAAAUGCUGGAAUUAAAAAAAACAAGUGCAACCAUACAAAAUAACUUUACUCAGGUAAUUUAUUUGUUCAUUUUUUUCCUAUCAUCUGUUCUGUUACUAGACAGUUUUUAUCAUCUUUAGCCAAAAUGUAAGUGACUUGUUUUAUGUCUCACAUAAAGCACAAAAUACAUGUUUAUAAUAUGUGGAUAUAAAAGUUAUAAAGGGUAAUAUCACAAUGUUUUAUCUGUUUAAAUGUCUGUAUGAAAGGUACAUUUUAUUAUAUUAAGAUGUCAGCAGUGUGGGUUUAAAUGGUUUAUGUAAAUGGGGAUAAAGUACGGUAUAUCGGUCUGAUUGCAUUUAAACUUAUCCUUAUUCUUCACAUUACAGUGUAUCAGACUUCAUUCAGACUUCAUAUUCAAUUUUGUCAAAUAUUCACUGCCUUUAUUCUUUAGAUGCCUUUAGACUCUUUAGACUUGUUUACCUUUUAUUAUUUGCAAUUGUUCUAGAAUUCCAGAAGAAAACCAAAUGAAAGCACAAAGCUGCAGACAUUGACUCUUAUUUUAUUUUUUUCCCUCAUAAAGCUAGAGGAUAUUGAUGUGUAUGUAUAAGAGAUAUAUUUCUCUAUGUUUCUGUAUUCUGUAUUUGGCUGUUUAAUGUUAAACACACAAAGAUGAAAAUAAACAUUUCAUCAUCA